AUAUAUCAAAAAUAUAAAAUAAAUUUGGGAGCAAAGUUAAUUAUUAGCACUUUUAAAUGUGCAUGCUGCGAACUCUCAGGUCAAUCCCCGCGAGUGUCAGUUUUUAAUGCUACAAACACAUUGAUUUCAUCUACCAACGCUAUAAUAAAUUUAUCGAACGCUUCAGAAUUGAAUGGCAAUAAUCAAAAUAAUAGGAAGAGUGGCAAUAAAACGACCAAAAUUAUAAUUGGACUUUUAGGCAAGACUAAACGUACAGAAAUUCCAUCAGUGAAAGAAAAGCCUAAAGAACGCAAUUCCAAUCUAUUUAAUCGAAGCCAUCAUCCGUUUUCAGACGUAUGGCAAGCCACUCUUAAAUCAACAACUGCCAUGAGUCAAGCAGCAGCGCCAAUAAAUGAACAGGAUGCAUCAGGUGUUUGUUUGGAUCCUCCAGCAGGAUCCAUGACGACCGGAUUUGGCACCACAAUAAUUCCAAGUGCACCCAAAAAACCUACCAGACGUGCUGGAGUUAAGCCACAGCCUGAUCGACCUGCAAGAGCUUUAUUCUGCUUAACCUUGAAAAACCCAUUGCGGAAACUUUGUAUUGAUAUAGUGGAAUGGAAACCAUUUGAGUAUUUGAUUUUAAUAACAAUUUUCGCCAAUUGCGUUGCCUUAGCUGUAUAUACACCUUUUCCGAAUAGCGAUUCGAAUAUCACAAAUGCUGCUUUGGAGAAGAUUGAAUAUAUUUUUCUAGUAAUUUUUACUGCUGAAUGUAUAAUGAAAUUAAUAGCGUACGGAUUUAUAUUGCAUCCAGGGUCGUACCUAAGGAAUGGAUGGAAUAUCUUGGACUUCACAAUUGUUGUCAUUGGGAUGAUAUCUACAGCAUUAUCAAAUCUAAUGAAAGAAGGAUUCGAUGUUAAAGCUCUUAGAGCAUUCCGUGUUCUCAGACCCUUACGAUUGGUGUCUGGAGUGCCAAGUUUACAAGUUGUACUAAAUUCAAUUCUUCGCGCCAUGGUGCCUUUAUUACACAUCGCUUUAUUGGUACUAUUCGUAAUCAUUAUUUACGCCAUAAUAGGACUUGAGUUAUUUUCUGGCAAACUGCAUAAAACAUGUUUUCAUAACUCUACAGGCGAAAAAAUGGAAGACCCACAUCCUUGUGGAGACGAUGGGUUUCAAUGCGACAGUAUUUCCCCUGAAAUGGUAUGCCGAUUAUAUUGGGAAGGCCCGAAUUCUGGUAUCACUAACUUUGAUAAUUUUGGACUAUCAAUGCUUACUGUAUUUCAAUGUGUGACUUUGGAAGGUUGGACCGACAUGCUGUAUUAUAUUCAAGAUGCAAUGGGAAGCAGUUGGCAGUGGAUUUAUUUUAUAUCUAUGGUUAUAUUAGGAGCUUUUUUCGUUAUGAAUUUGAUUCUUGGCGUUUUAAGUGGUGAGUUUUCUAAAGAGAGAACAAAAGCAAAAAAUCGGGGUGAUUUUCAAAAAUUACGUGAAAAACAACAAAUAGAAGAGGACCUUCGCGGUUAUUUAGAUUGGAUAACACAAGCUGAAGAUAUUGAUCCUGAGAACGAAGCGAAUACCGUUCAAGAAGGAAAGGUAUUAGCUAUUAGUGAAAUCGAUUCUUCGGACCCAUUAGGGGAAGAGAGUGAAGUUGUACAAGAGUCGUGGUUUACAAGAAAACGGAAAAACAUAGAUCGUAUUAACCGACGACUACGUAGAGCUUGUCGCAAAGCAGUGAAAUCGCAAGCAUUUUAUUGGUUAAUCAUUGUUUUAGUUUUCCUUAAUACUGGUGUAUUGGCAACGGAACAUUAUCAACAACCGCGUUGGCUUGAUGAUUUUCAAGAAUACACCAACAUGUUCUUUGUGGCGCUCUUCACCAUGGAAAUGUUAUUAAAGAUGUACAGUUUGGGAUUUCAAGGUUAUUUUGUAUCUCUUUUCAAUCGUUUCGAUUGUUUCGUUGUUAUUGGAAGCAUAGGAGAAAUGAUAUUAACUAGCACACAAAUCAUGCCGCCUCUCGGUGUUUCUGUACUUCGAUGUGUUCGAUUGCUGCGUGUAUUCAAAGUCACAAAAUAUUGGCAAUCAUUAUCAAAUUUGGUGGCAUCUUUAUUAAAUUCAAUUCAAUCCAUUGCUUCACUUCUACUGUUACUCUUUCUAUUUAUCGUUAUAUUUGCGCUGUUAGGGAUGCAAGUAUUUGGUGGAAAAUUCAACUUUAACAGCGAAGUUGAUAAACCGCGUUCAAACUUUGACAGCUUUGUGCAAAGUUUAUUAACAGUCUUCCAGAUACUCACUGGUGAAGAUUGGAAUACUGUUAUGUAUGAUGGAAUUCAGGCAUAUGGCGGAGUAGCAUCUAUUGGGAUAUUGGCUAGCAUAUAUUUCAUAAUUUUGUUCAUUUGUGGUAAUUAUAUAUUGCUAAAUGUCUUCUUGGCUAUUGCAGUAGAUAACCUGGCUGAUGCAGAUUCGUUGACAUCAGUUGAAAAAGAAGAAGGAGAUGAUGAUGAAGCAGAAAAAGAAAAACUUCCUUCACAUGAAGUUACUCCAUUAGGCAUAACAGAUGAUGGUUUCAUGGAUCAUGAUAAGGACAAUUUGGAUUCGGAUAAUGAAAUGAACAUAUCUGAGGACUAUGACAACAAUGCUUCAGAAAUGAAAAUAGCACUCCCAGAUGAUGACGAAGGUUAUGAAGAUCAAGAAACACAAGAUUAUGACUGUCUUGACAAAGAGUAUAACUUGGCACGACCUCGCCGUAUGUCCGAAUUAAAUGUUGGCAAUAAGGUCGUACCAAUUCCUACAGGAUCGUCGUUUUUCAUUAUGUCUCAAACAAACAGAUUUCGUGUGUUUUGUCACUGGUUAUGCAAUCAUAGUACAUUCGGAAACAUUAUACUAGUUUGCAUUAUGUUUUCGUCAGCAAUGUUAGCAGCCGAGGAUCCAUUAAAUGCUAACUCCGAGCGGAAUCAAAUAUUAAACUACUUUGACUAUUUCUUUACAUCUGUGUUUACUAUUGAGCUUUUGCUUAAAUUGAUUUCGUAUGGAUUUUUAUUUCAUGACGGUGCGUUCUGUCGUUCGGCUUUCAAUCUGCUGGAUUUACUGGUGGUUUGUGUAUCGCUUAUAUCUAUGUUUUUUAGUUCUGGUGCAAUUUCCGUUAUUAAAAUUCUACGAGUAUUGAGAGUAUUGAGGCCUCUGCGUGCUAUCAACCGUGCUAAAGGAUUGAAGCAUGUAGUUCAAUGUGUAAUAGUAGCAGUUAAAACAAUCGGAAAUAUUGUUCUAGUAACAUGUCUUCUUCAAUUUAUGUUUGCGGUUAUAGGAGUACAAUUAUAUAAGGGAAAAUUUUUCUCGUGCUCUGAUGGAUCCAAAAUGCAAGAAGCCGAAUGCCAUGGCACAUAUCUAGUUUUCGAGGACGGCAAUGUUGAUAAGCCUGUUUCGAAAGAAAGAGAAUGGAUCAAAAAUCGUUUUCAUUUUGAUGAUGUAUCAAAAGCAAUGCUUACUUUGUUUACAGUUUCAACCUUUGAAGGAUGGCCUGGCCUUCUAUAUGUCUCAAUAGACUCUCAUGAAGAGAAUUCCGGACCGAUCCACAACUUCAGACCUAUUGUUGCGGCAUACUAUAUUAUUUAUAUCAUCAUCAUCGCGUUCUUUAUGGUCAAUAUUUUUGUUGGUUUUGUUAUUGUUACAUUUCAAAACGAAGGAGAACAGGAGUAUAAAAAUUGUGAUUUGGAUAAAAAUCAACGAAACUGUAUUGAAUUUGCUCUCAAAGCGAAACCCAUCCGACGUUAUAUUCCAAAACAUAGAAUUCAGUACAAGGUGUGGUGGUUUGUCACAUCUCAACCGUUCGAGUACAUGAUAUUUGUAUUAAUAAUGAUCAACACCAUCACACUUUCAAUGAAAUUUUACCGCCAGCCACAAAUGUAUACGGAAGUAUUAGAUCAUUUGAAUUUGAUAUUUACUGCAGUUUUCGCGUUGGAAUUUGUAUUUAAGCUCGCCGCAUUCAGAUUCAAGAACUAUUUUGGUGAUGCAUGGAACGUUUUCGAUUUUAUUAUUGUACUAGGCAGUUUCAUCGAUAUCGUAUACUCUGAAGUGAAUGCUACUAAAGGAAUGAAGGGUGGCUCCAGCAUAAUAUCCAUAAACUUUUUUCGUUUAUUUCGUGUUAUGCGGUUAGUAAAACUGUUGGCACGUGGUGAAGGGAUAAGAACGCUACUGUGGACGUUUAUUAAAUCGUUCCAAGCGCUUCCGUAUGUUGCUCUGCUUAUUGUAAUGCUGUUUUUUAUAUAUGCAGUUAUAGGAAUGCAGGUGUUUGGUAAAAUUGCUAUGGAUGACGAAACUGCAAUUCAUCGUAACAAUAAUUUUCAAACUUUUCCUCAAGCAGUCCUUGUAUUAUUUCGAUCGGCCACCGGAGAAGCGUGGCAGGAAAUAAUGUUAGAUUGUUCUGCUAGACCAGGAAAAGUGAAUUGUGAUCCUUUAUCUGACGAUGCGGGUUCUCCAGAAGGAUGUGGCUCUAGUAUAGCCUUUCCUUAUUUCAUUUCUUUUUACGUUUUAUGUUCGUUUUUAAUCAUAAACCUGUUCGUUGCUGUUAUUAUGGAUAACUUUGAUUAUCUAACACGCGAUUGGUCAAUUUUGGGUCCACAUCACCUUGACGAAUUUGUUAGAUUAUGGAGCGAGUAUGACCCAGAUGCAAAAGGAAGAAUAAAGCAUUUAGAUGUAGUAACUUUACUUAGAAAAAUCUCUCCGCCGCUAGGGUUUGGUAAAUUAUGUCCACAUCGCGUUGCAUGUAAGAGACUGGUUUCGAUGAAUAUGCCACUUAACAGUGAUGGUACAGUUUUAUUCAAUGCCACGUUAUUUGCUGUAGUUCGAACAUCACUAAAAAUCAAAACAGAAGGUAACAUCGAUGAUGCCAACGCAGAGCUGAGAGCGACCAUAAAGCAAAUUUGGAAACGAACAACUCCGAAGCUUUUAGAUCAAGUAGUUCCCCCGCCUGGUGUCGAUGACGAAGUAACAGUGGGAAAGUUCUAUGCCACUUUCCUUAUACAAGACUACUUCAGGAGAUUUAAAAAACGGAAAGAAAAUGACAGCAGGCAUGAGAAUUAUGAUAAUAAACGUACUACUACAUUGCAAGCCGGCUUAAGAACAUUACAUGAAGCAGGUCCAGACCUAAAGCGGGCAAUAUCUGGGAACCUAGAGGACAUAGGAGACGACAAUCCAGAACCAAUGCAUAGAAGAAACCAUACCCUAUUCGGAAACAUGUGGUCAUCAAUACGUCGUCCGGGCCAAUUUCCAAAAAAGAACAAUAAUAUUGCACCAAGAGCUUCGGCUACAUCAGCAGCUGCAACAGCCGCCAUGCAAGCAGUAUUUUCUGGGGCAGAAGGAUACAGAAGCUCUUACUGUAACAUUAAUAAUGGAAUUAAUCGAAUGGCAAGGUGCAUAUCUGGCGAUGCAAAUAUGUUGGUGCAUGACAAUAUUCCAUUGCAUCCCCUAUUACUCGAUGGCAGCAGCGGCAAUCAAACCGGACGUGUUUAUAAUGCUAACGAAAAUCCUAUGAACAACAAUGUUGUGAAUUAUGAUGUUUCUCACGUCGUUGAUGUUGAUGAACCAGGCAAAUCCAGCUGCCAACAACCUAAAGCGAUUUUAUCUACACAGAAUAGUCCACAAAAUCGAAGCAAUGAUGAGUCAGAAAUAGUCGGAUCAGCAGAAAAUCUAGUUGGACGGGUAUUGCUGGAACAAGGACUUGGCAAAUACUGCGACCCAGGAUUCGUGCAUUGUACUCAAUUGGAAAUGCGGGAAGCGCUAGAUAUGACACAGGAGGAAAUGGACUUGGCUGCUCAUGAGUUAAUGCUCCAGGAACAGUUCAUUCGAAAUAAUCAGUCGAGGCGCAUUUCUCAAAAGUUAUAUAAGAAAGACAAUCAUAUUUUAUAGCGACGCAUUACUGAAACGCCGAUUAAAUUGUUCAAUUUUUAAUUUAGAUUAGAUUAGAUUAGAACCGACCUCACAAUUCCUGGACAAGUAGUUGCGCAGUUGUGCUUAUUGUAUUCAAGGAGAAUUAUCGUGCACAAAACUUACUGCGCAACUAAAUGCGUAUUAUCGAAAAUUCUUCUUAAAUAACAAUGCCGCUACAGUGCUGAUCAUCACCUACUGUUUUAUCUGACUCACUGCGAAUAUGCGUAUUAUUGAAAUAAAACGUAACCAUACGUUUUAUUCGUUUAUAACGCAUAUGCAGUUAAUAUC